GAGAGCAGGGAUUAAAAAAAGAGUGAGAAGGCCGGGCGGGCGGUCCGGGGUGAUUCGCAAUCCGUCUCCAUCCGGAGCCCGGCGUGGCGUAAUUUAUCUUUUUCGUUCGCUAUCUAGACAGCGUCGGCCCGGAAGAAGGAGCCCGGAAGGAGGCACAUUUCAAGGGGUGCCUAAAGGAACCACCGUACUCAAUGACCUUCCAGCGAGAUGUCAGAUCGUUUGGGGCAAACUGCAAAGGGAAAGGAUGGAAAAACCAAGUACGCGUCACUCAAUUUGUUUGAUACUUAUAAAGGAAAGUCCUUAGAAACCCAGAAACCCACAGUCACCGCACGUCAUGGAUUGCAGAGUCUCGGUAAAGUUGCCGCUGCUCGGCGCAUGCCGCCCCCUGCAAACCUACCAAGUUUAAAAGCGGAAAAUAAAGGCAAUGACCCCAAUAUUUCUUUAGUACCAAAAGACGGAACAGGAUGGGCAAGCAAGCAAGAAUCACAAGACCAAAAGAGUACCGAUGCAUCGACAGCUCAGCAGCCGGAAUUGCAGCUGCCGCCGGCUUCACAGACGUCUGGCUCCAGUCAGCCGAAACGUCCAGCAGCAGCAACAGCAGUGGUAGCAGCUCCACAGGAGGCCACCCCUUCAGUACAAAGCGGAACAAAAUCAUGGGCACAGGCGAGUGUUACACAUGGUGCACAAGGAGAUGGUGGAAAGGGAUCAAACCAACAGUCGCCAUUCUCUCGCGAGGAAUUUCCAACCCUGCAAGCGGCUGGAGAUCAGGACAAAGUUGGCAGAGAAAGGGACAUUGCAGAUCAGUCGUAUGGGCCAGGACCAAGCCUCCGCCCUCAAAAUGUGACCAGCUGGAGGGAGGGUGGUGGGCGGAAUUUGGGUGCUCCGGGUGGCUCUUUGAUCGAGGGGGAAACCAAAGAGCUAAGCCCAGAAGAAGCAGCAAGCUCUACAGCAUCCUCAGCCGACCAGAAGGUGACUGCAAGGAUGGCCGAACAACCACCUAGACCAGGGGUCGGUGUACCACAACAGGCAGUUCCCCAACCGUACCCUCCACCAUUUAGGGGGAUGAUGCCAGCUUUCAUGUAUUCCCCAUAUUGUGGUUUACCGUUUCCUACGCCUUAUGGACCACAGGGACCAUACAGAUACCCACCACCCGAUGCCAGCAAAUUUCCUCGUGUACCAGGACCUCGACUUCCUCCGCAUCCAACGCGGAUGUCCGAAGCAGUGAAAAGACCCUCCAUCCUCAAACAGGACGACUUGAAAGAGUUUGAUGAGCUUGAAAAUGAGACUGAUGAUGGAUGGGCUGGAGCACACGAGGAAAUAGACUACACAGAAAAGCUAAAAUUCAGUGAUGAUGAAGACGACGAUGAUGCCGAAAAGGGGAAAUCUGAAAACUGGGAUGGCCAGACAAGUCGACCAGACAGACAGGAGUUGCGUACCUCUGAGAACAAGAAGGAUCCCCCCUCAGAGGAGCAUUUGUCUGUCAAAGCAGGUCGGGGUGAAGGUCCGAUAUCUGCUCAGACUGAGUUGGGUCCGCUUGGGCCCCAACCACCCAGAGUUUCUGCGAGCUGGGGUCCUGCUGUGGAUCACCAGGUACGUCGCCAAGAGGGUCGAAGGACAGGCAUGUGCUCACCUCACGAGCAUCAGGUUGCUCAAGGUUCGUACAGCAUCUACAGGCAGGCCGCUUCCCCCAGCAUGCACCAGCAGGCUACAGUUCCCCAGGAAAAAGCUAGCCCCUCCCUGGUAAAUCAAAAGGCUCCCGUGGGUGAAGAUGAAGAUGAGGCCUGGCGUCAGCGGCGCAAGCAGUCAUCAAGUGAGAUCUCCGCCGCUGUGGAGCGGGCACGAAAGCGGCGUGAGGAAGAGGAACGCCGCAUGCAAGAGGAGCGUCGAGCUGCCUGUGCAGAAAAGCUAAAGAGACUUGAUGAGAAGUUUGGCGCCUCUGAGAAACGCCAGAAGUCUGAGCAGGAGAAAGAAGAGGCUUCAGAGGAAAAAGAGAAUGAAGAGCCUGUGGGCUCCAAUAAACGGCAGAGAACAGCCAGCAGCGGCAGUUUUGAAAUGACACAAGCUGAACCCCCAGCUCCUCCUGAAAAGGAAACCGUUGAAGCGAAAGAGGAGGCAGGGGUGGUGAGAGUUGAGUCCAAGGUAGAAACAGUGGCACCGGGAAGACAACCUCCACCCUCCCAAGGCUACUCCAAGUACCAGAAGUCCUUGCCGCCCAGAUUUCAAAGACAGCAGCAGGAGCAGCUUCUUAAACAGCAGCAGCAGUGGCAACAGCAUCAGCAACACCAUCAGCAGCAGCAGCAGCAUCAGUCUUCCCAGCAGGCCCCCCCGCAGCAACCAGCACAGCCGCAGCCUCUUGCCAUGGCACCGUCGGCACCCAUGCACCCUCAGCAGCAGAAACCCAUGUACCCAGGUUCCAUUGGCCGCCCACCACCACCUAUGCCCCCGAUGGGUUAUGACCCACGUUGGAUGAUGAUGCCUCCAUACAUGGACCCUCGUAUGCUGCAAGGCAGGCCCCCUAUGGACUACUUCCCAGCUAGCGUUCAUCCUUCAGGUUUAAUGGCUCGUGAGCGUUCAGAUAGUGGUGGUUCUGGAUCUGAGCCCUUUGACCGACACCCUACGAGGGGUACGCCUCCCAUUGACCCCAAGUUAGCUUGGGCUGGUGAUGUGUUUCCACCAGCAGAGAUGCGACCUUUGCCUUCACCAAUAAGACCACAUGAUGAAGAUGACAAAAGUUUGAGAAGUGAAACCCCACCAGUCAGACAUCGAGACACAGGACCGCCUCAGUCCUUUGUGAGUGGUCUACAGGUUUCUGAGAGUGGACCUCGGCAUGUUCCCCAGAUGCAGCGAUACACACUGAUGGACCGCCUGGAUGAGCAAAGACAGGCCCCCUGGCAGAAUUCCCUGCCCAGUGUUCAAGCAGAGCUGGAAAGGGAUAGGCGGGUUGAGAUGUCUUCCCAGCUUCAGCAUUCACAUUUGGAGCGCAAGAUGGAGCAGGAGCCAAUGCCUAUCCGAAGGGAAACCACCCAACUGCAAAAUGAAGACAAGAAGGUAGAACAGCUUGUGAUGCAUGUGUCACGGGAAUCUAGCCAACUUUCCAACACUCUGAAGAAGGCAGCGUCCCACAUUCAGGCUGUGGAGGUUCUGCAGCACAAGGAAGACCACUCGGUUAAAGAGAACAAACAAGACGAAAAUAGAAAAGGUGACAAAUCCAACCGUCAGGAUGUGCACAGGCCUCAGAGGAAGGAAUCAAAGACUGAAACCCGAUGGGGACCACGGCCUGGCAGUAAAAAUCGCGACGAGAUGAGUGAUAAACCUGCUCGGAGAGCUGGCCCCAUUAAAAAACCAAUACUGAAGGACAUGAAGCGUGAAGACAGUGAGCAGGAAAUGGAGAAGGGCAAACCUGCAUCAGGAGAGAAGACCCUUGUUAAGGGGAAGGACAAGCCACAGGAAUUCAAGUCCGAGGCUGAUCCUUCAAAGCAGGAGUCGUCUUCGAGUUUGAAAGCGAGCCAGCCUGCCUCUUCUGUGUCUGUCUCCAAUAAGCCUUCACAAGGCCCUCCUGUCUCAAAUGUGCAGGAUGACAGAGGGAAGGCAAAGCCUUCUGGGAAGGAUCAGAGGCCUGAGAAAGUCAAAACGUCCAAACCACCUCAAAAGGACUUGAACAAUGGCCCUCCUGUCUCUCGGCGGAAUAGAGACAGAGAUAAUUCAUUUGACCGUAGUUAUUCUGGACGAGGCCGGGGCAGAGGACGUGGAGAGUUCUUCUCGCGGGGAAGAGGUUAUCGAGGAGCCUACGGUGGCCGGGGAAGAGGAGGCAGAGGCCGCAGCAGGGAGUUCAGAGGCUGUAGGGAGCCCAUGUACCGAACGGAAGAGAGCGGCCCUAAGAGCUCUUUCAGGCCACGGAACCCCAGUGAGACGCGCAGCGAGGGCUCUGAAUAUGAGGAGAUUCCCAAACGCCGUCGCCAGAGGGGCUCAGAGACUGGCAGCGAGACUCAUGAGAGUGCCAGUGAUGUUGCUCACUCUGACAAAGAACUCUCCUCCAGCUCCAAAGAUCCUCCCAAAGAGUUCCGAAAUUCGGAUCAAAGCCGUGCUGACAAGAAAAACAGAGCAGAGCCCCCAAAGUUUGCCGACAAGAUGCCUCCCCGGCUAAAUGACUCUUCACGUGGUAGGAUCUUCACUCCACGAGGUGUGCCGUCUCGGCGAGGUCGAGGAGGUAUGCCCCGUGGUGGUGGCGGCGGUGGUGGUGGAGGUGGCCGCCCUCAGCAAGGAGGCUGGGGGCCGCCUUCAAAGGUAUCCCCUCCCAAGAAGCAGCCCUCAAAGGAGCAGGUCAAAGCCCCAGAAACCAGGCCUCCUGAUGUUCCCCCAGGCAAAGAGUCAGAGAAAAACCCCUCUGAGAAGCCACUGACUCAAGUAGGUGAGUCUACGGCGCCUGAGGGGCAGCCUCACCGGUCAGAGAGGCCCCUGGACAAACCACCGAGGAGGCGGCGUCACGGGCGCUCACAGCAGCAGGACAAGCCGCCACGGUUCCGCCGCCUGAAGCAGGAGCGGGAGGUGGCGGCCCGCAUGAAUGGCGAAAGAAACCUCUUCCCUGCUGAAGCCUUGCCACCAAACCCACCUCCCAACCCGCAAACAGAGGAGAUCAAAGAGGUUGUGCGCAAUGCUGCUGGCACCAAAUCCCCCGACUUAUCCAACCAGAACUCUGACCAAGCUAAUGAGGAAUGGGAGACUGCUUCUGAAAGCAGUGACUUCACGGAGAGGCGGGAUAAGGAUGGCAUGUUUGUGAAAAAUGCCCCUGGGGGCAUCAAGUCAAUUGAUUCCAACUCUGCCCAGAAGAAAGAAUCGUCCAAGCGUAGCUUCUCCAGCCAGAGACCUGGGAUGGACCGACAGAAUCGGCGCUCAAACCCAGGAGAUUCAAGUGGCAAAAGCAACCGAAAUAGUGCUGGAUCUGUGAGGAGCGAGAAGCGCAGUUGGCCUUCCCCAAAGAAUAGGAGGCCAGUGGAAGACCGGACAACUCUCACCGCAGCUCUUCCUCAGAAUGCGAGUGCAGUGUUCAGAGUGGAUAGGAUCAUUCCCAGCGACUCUGCUGCCAUCCAGAAAGCCAUUGCAGAAGUCAACAACCGUCACAAGGAUCGCAAAAUGGCACCUGGCAAAAUGAACGAGAAGAAUGACAUGCUGACACAAUUUGAUCUGAACAACUAUGCAAGUGUUGUGAUUAUUGAUGAUCACCCAGCAGUUUCUGCAGAUGAUGAGUCCGUAUCUCCUUUAAAUGACGGCUUUACCCGUGUCCUUUCAAAACGUCAGAAGAGAAUCCUGGAUGAUGAGCGUCGCAAAAAGGAAGAGCAUCUACUGCAGAAGGGUGUUAAAAUCUGUGCAAUGGAUAAUCUGCAUCCAUCAUUACCUGGCUUCCCCAGAAAGCAGUCUAAGAAGGUGACACUUUGUAACAUAGAGUCUGAAGAAAGCUGCAAGGGUCAGACCAACACAGCUGAUCUGGGAACCCAGAUUUGGAAUACCACGCAUUCUGUUGGCUCCCUGACUCCUCCAGCAGCCUCCGGUCUAGAUACUUGGAUCAAACCUCUGAAUGUCUUUGCAGAGGCAGCCAGUGCUGAGGCCAGCCAGACUGACAGUGGGGUGGAUUUGAGCAGCGACUGUCAGGUCUCUUCAACCAGUUCCUCGCAGCGUAGUUCUCCAGCCAGCAACCUGAAAACCGAUACUGGGGAGCGUGUUGGUCUUAUUAACCGUAUCGGCACAAAAGUGGUUGAGAUUCGAUCAGCAGAAAACCAGCUCCCAGAACCCAAAGAGCAGAGACAGAGACCUACUAGAACAGGAGCACUGAAAGAAAAUAAGUUUCAGGAGUCUGCCAGCGAGCUGAGUAAAGAACAUAAACCUGGGCCAAUAGGAAAUGAACGUUCACUAAAAAAUAAAAAGGCAAGAGAAGUACAGCAGAAAGAGAGUCCUGAAACAGCUGCAAAGAAUGUUGGCUUUUCAAUAAACAGCAGACCAAAAUCCAAAACAGAUCCUGACUUGUUACUGGAGACUGAAGUCACUGUACCACCUAUCCAGUUUGGAGUGAGUGCGAAGGAUUCUGACUUCAGUCUGGCUGUGUCUACAAUUCAAAGAUCUACAAGUUCACCACCCAGCAAAUUGCAGAAUGCUGCCAGCAAUGAUGUGCCUUUAGCUGCCCCAGUGCCAGUCCCCACCAUUGAGACCCCACCACAGGACAAUGGGAUGUCUCCUGUAUCUCUCCCCAGCAAUGAAUUGUCUCUGAAGAUGGAGUCUGCUCGAAAAGCAUGGGAAAAGUCUCCAGGGAUCACAGAAAAAGAUGUUGCUGCAAGUGUGACUAAUGCAGAUGUGCCUGAGAUGGCGGCUGACUACCAUUCUUUUGUUAGCUCAAUACCUGUGGCCUCUGUGGCACCAUCUGCCCCGCUUUCAGCACCAAGUGGCCAGAUUCCACCUUGCUACAUGGAAAGCCAUUGCUAUGGUACCCAACCCCGUGGGAUGCCUCCUUCUAUCUCCCAGCAUCAGGCAUUCCAGUCUGGACUUCCACGGGCAAUGCCAACUCAACAGAUAACACUUCACACUCCUCUUCAGGGUCAGGCCCAGGUUUCUACCCUUAGCAUCCGACAAGGGACGCCAGUCUCCCAAACACAGGAUAUGUUCAGUUCCCUCCAGUCUUUCAGGUCCCAACAGUUGUACCUCCAGCCUGGACUCUCACCUCCCUCUGCAGCCAUGGUACAAGGGUCUACACUGAUAUCUGGCACCCCAGUGAAAGGCCAGUAUGUUGGCUUUUCAGCGGUGCAGGCUGCAGAGGUGGCCAAGGCUCAGCCAGGGUUGUCCUACCAGCACACAGCUUGUACUCCUCCAAUGUCUGUCAUCUACAACACCCAACUGGGCAACUCGCAGCUCAUUGACUCUCACAUAAUACAGAUGAGACAAAGUAUGGCCCAGCCAUCGGACUUCUAUUCCUCUCCACUGCAGCAGCCCAAUCAGAGCAACUACUUUGCUGCCACCCCAAUGUCCAGUGGCCCCCUCCACCAGAUGUUGGUCCCCAUGUUGGGCUCCCAGUUAUCUGUCCCUGGCUUUGGGUCUAUGCAGCAGCCUUUGGUCCAACUUCCGCAGUCUCUGCAUCAUUCACAGGCACAAACCGUCCCUCCAGGGCCCCCCCGAAGAGUCGUUCAUUCAAGUUUUCAUGCUGCUGCACCCACUCUUGGAAGGGAGGUUAACCCCAUGGACCCGAAGACGUUUCAGUUGGAUAGGAAAAUGAAUCCGUCUCCGGGAGCACUUGGCUAUUCUGUCCAGACACCUGCAAUAUUCAGGCCUGGAUCAACAAGUCCAAGGGGAAAAUCUCCUGCACCAGCCCAGUGUGGAGUCAAUUCCUUGCCAUGUUUUGGAGGGAACGUGUCUCAGCAGGCAAAGCAGCGAGCAGAGGUGCUACAAAGCACACAGAGGUUCUUUGAGCGGGUGACACCACGCAGCAACAGCAGUGACACUGGCUCGCAUCCUGCUGAGGAAGGAGAGAGCACCCUGUCGCACAAGGAUGAGAAAUCCUCAAGCAAGCCUAAGCCAGUGCGAACAGGGCCCAUCAAACCCCAGAGCAUUAAGUCGCAGGAAGAGAAACUGUAACCAGUGGCUGGAGACUGCAGCCUCUCAAAACUGAAGAAAUCUAUGUCUCUUAAGGGGCUUCAAUUGUCUGUCUCAAAAGGAAAAUGGCUUUUUUUUUUCUUAAAGACAAAACAUUACAGAUUUCAGUGGACUACACGAGUUGUUUUGCAAAAACGUAAGAGAGCCAACUCCAGCAGCAAUAACUGGAUUGAGUGUGAAGCUGAACUGGCAGGAAGGAAUUGGGGGAAGGAAGAGACUAAUAAGUCCUUUAUAAGAAAAGAGGUCUAGAUUUCUCUACCAUAAUGAAGCAUUCAUCUUAUUGGUAACUAGUAAGUCCUUGUAGAUCCACUUAAUAAAUGCCAAUCCCUUAUAAGGCAGCUGCUUUCUUUGUUGAGGGACAGAGCAUAUAAUGACUAGAAUUGGUUUGAACACAAGGUGUUUAGAGUAAAAUGGCCAUGCGAUAAGUUGAACAUUUCAAAGUGACUACAGACAGAUCUAAUUGGGCUUCUGUCUUGUCGAUGUUAUAAAAAGAACGGUUAUGAAUGUUUUUAAAUAGUGGUAGAUGGGUACAAAUUGCUAUUUCCGUUACUGUUUUUACUUUGUGGCUGUUAGGACUCAAGUUUGGUGGUGCUGAGCAACAUAAUACACUCCAGAUUAAUUUAAUGUUCUCCAAUUUUUUUUUUCUUCUUUCCCUUUAUAUACUGUCCUUCCACCUACAGGUCCAGUCACCAAUUUUACAAAGCCCUGAAAGUGGCUUUUUAAAUGUUUGUUGAGCUUUUCCUUUCCUUGGUUGCUGUAUGCAGCCAGUAUUGCCAAAGCACAGACGUUGUCACAGAGUUGAACAAUAACUAGUUAUAGUUUUCCCCCUGUACACGGUGCUGCUCUAAAGCGCUGCAGUGAUGGGGAUGGGCAGGUGGUGAGGUGAAGUUGUAAUGCUGUUGUUGUUUAAAUUAGAAGUGGUUAUUGCUGCAGUGGAAUGAAGCAAGUUUUUAGAUUAAUAAUCAAAGGCGAGCUGAGGAAAAAGUAAUAAAUACGUUGGUUGUCCAAUGAUAUUGUCUGUUGUGCCGUAAAUGAGAUCAUCCUCCUCGUAGUGGUGUUAGCUUUGCACCUGAGAGUGAAGAGAGUACAGCGUUCGUUUCCCUGCCCCACCCUCCACUUCCCACUUUCUGAAGCGUAACUACCAGGAGAAUUGUGAAUUAGUUGCAGGUUCUGUGAACACUGAGUGGUUGACAAUUUUCUGCUCUACUGUCCGUAUGGAGGAGCAUCCUCUUGCCAAACAUGGCCUCCUUCAAAGUCACAUCAGUCUUUACCUCUGGUACACCGUUGCUCAUCCCAGCACUGGAAGCUACUGCUGGCAUCUACACUGACCUGCACAAGUUGCCGAUGUCUAGAUUUGGUGUGAGGGGAAUUUAAUAGAUCACUCCCUCUAGUUGACCGUGUACAAGAGACCCAGGUCCUGUCCAGAAUCUGACAAUCCGUCAAUAUCUGCCUACUGUUUUCCUUGCUGCUUUGUGAGGGUGAGGAAGGAAGGGUAGAGACUUCUGAUAUCUGGAAGAGAUUCUUGGCAGAAGUAACUGAAAUCUUUGCUUUGGAAUAGUUUAUAGGGAAGACUAACAGCAUUUGUGCAGAACCAAACUCUCAGGAGAAAAUAUGUUGCUUUAGAGAGCCCUUGCCUGACCCAGUGACCACUGCAAGGAAAGGUAAUGCAUUGUUUUGAAAAUUCAACCCUUCGUGGUGUCACAGGUGUCCUACUUAAAAAGUACUUCUCAGAGUUAGCCUAGUUAAUUGAGGAAAUCCAUAGCAGUGUCUCUGUUUUGAUAGAGCAAGUGGUGGCAGAUGGAUUCUGCCAAAACACUUUUUUUAAUAUCCAGACAUAGGAUUGAGAGUUGCACCUUCCUAUCAGAGGGAACAGCUGAUGGGUCGGUGGGAAUUGAUUGGAUAUGAUAUCUGUGGAUGGUUACUUAUGCCCUUAAGUUCUCAAUUAAAUAUAGUGGCAACUCCUUAGGCUUGGGCGGAAAAGGGAGCUUUCAGUAAGUGAAUGUCACACAGUAACAAGAAACAAAGGAAGCCAAUAAUCUGAAAGGUAGGAGUAAGUCAUUACUCUAUGACUUCAUCUCUGCUUUAACGACGCAGUUUGAAACUGUGACACAACUGUUUGACAAUUCAAAGUAAAUAAUGCAGGGUUUUAUCUAACUCUCAAACUGCAUACUAUGUUGCUGUGCAAUAUUGCUUGUUUUGUGCCCUGAGUGCACAGUUUGUUUUUUCUCCCAUUGACAAAUAUCCAAUUGAAUAAUAUCCUGACAGAAACGAGAGGCUGACUUGCUAUCUUUAGGAAUAGAGAAUGAACAUUCAGGACACAGGUUUUUUUUUUUAAAUUCUUGUGUCACUGUGGAGAAGAAUUCCUAAGUUAUUUUUAGAUCACCACCUUCUGAGUGAGCCAGUAUUCAAUGCCUGGAGGUUUUCCACUUCCCAAUAUCUCUACCAAUGGCAAACCUGAUACUGGAGGACUGGUGGACUUCCUUUAUCAAUGGUAUGUUUCUUCACUUGUUGUUCCCAAGCUGAACACUUUUUUUCAGGCCAUUUUCAAAGCCAGCACAUAGAAUAUUCACAGCCAAACAGCAUGUGGCCUGUUGUUGUUAGGAACAGAGAUAGACAUUAAAUGUCAGGAUAUCCUUUGUUAUACUAGUUCGAAUUACAGAGCAGUUCAUUGCAUUUCCAUCUUGGUUGUCAUUCCGCUAUGUUUGUACAACAGCCAACCAAUAUCUGACUUUCUUUCAGUUUGGUCUUCCAAGUUAAGAGUACAGAACUCGUAGGUUGCAAAAUCAGCAUAUGCUCCUUGCCUAAUGCUUUUCUUAAUAAAGAAAACAUUGCAAUCCUCACUGCAGUGAUUCUAUUAAACUAUUGUGGCAAUAACGUAAUGCUCAUUAUGAAUAUCGGAUGCUUGUCAGUUGAGAUGCUGUUAAGGUUCCAGGUAAAGCAGUGAGGCUGCUUCAGGACACUUGAUGUGUCAGACCUGCUGUGACAGAGUCCAAGAUGAAAAAAAUCUGUGGUGUGUACUCAGUUUGGGCCAGUUCCUUUUAAAGUGUUCAAAUGUGUGCUGCUUACUGAUUUGAAUUGCAUCAUUUUCCAUUAAUUAACCAAGUUAGUGCAAUUUGGGAAGAGAGUACAAUGCACACUAGGGGCAGCAUACAUGGAUGACCAGUUUUCCACAAGUUGUAGUCAACUCUAGUUUAGUUUAAGGCUUCAGUCAACCAACAGCUUUAUAGUGUAAAAUGGAAGGGAUGCAAAAGGCCCCAUCAGCUUUUGUACCAUUCUAUCACUAUUUGUAAACUUCUGAUGUUCAAAAGAGGGGGAAGGAGGAAAUGCAAACAAAGUGGGGGAGAGAAAAUGGGGUGGGGGGUGGGGGAAAGAGAAACAAAAUCCUUUUGGUGAUUGUGUGUGACCUAAUUUGUGAUGGGCUGGAAUUGUUGUGUGAAAUGUCACGAGUUGAAAGUUCUAUCUGCUGCAUCGUUUACCUGGCUCCAGUUUCAUGUACUGUCACACAGUGUAAUUUAUAAUCCUAAUAAAAACUGGCUGUUCCUAGGGCUGCAGCAAACUUGCUCCUCA